CCCCCGCCGCAAGCGCAGCGGAAGGAAACACAAUGCAUGGUGUGCUUAAAGCGGUUUACUACCAUUGACCCAGCCCGCUCGCACUGCAAAAGAUAUCACGAGGGGCAAGGAAUGCCCACUGCAGGAAAACCCCGGGGACUCCAGGAGAAUGCUCCCGAGGAACUGUCUCUCACUGCUGUUUCGUAUAAAACGUGCGGAUUCCAGCGUCACAGCAAAUGCGGCCUCACAAGGCAUCACAUCGUUAGCCAUGGAUUCAGGCUGGGCACCUUGAAACCAAGCCAACGUAGACAGUGCGAAGGGACGAGCCUGCACUUACUGAGCUGCCCCGCUUUUAAGAGUCUCUGCUGUCAUUUUGCGGCGGGCGGGGGCAACAUGGAGAAGCUGUGCUUUAUACAGAAGUUUGCUCAAUACCUGCUGGCAAGGGAAAUGCUUUGUCCUAAACGGCCCACCCCCCGUAGAACCGACGCCGGCCAUAUAGGACCAGGGGUAGCCCAUUCCCCCCUCUAA